AUGUCUUCGCAACGGCCGCAGCAGCCACAGACGGUGCCGUGUGCAUACAAGACAGGGAGGACCUUGGGGCAAGGCACAUAUGCUGUUGUCAAAGAAGCCCAGCGCAUUUCGGAUGGCGCCUAUUUUGCAUGUAAAGUCAUCUCGAAGCGGCUGAUGGAAGGCAGGGAGCACAUGGUCCGGAAUGAGAUCAUGGCGCUCAAGAAGGUCUCACAGGGGCACAAGCAUAUCGUCACACUCGUCGACUACUUUGAGACGAUGAACAACCUCUAUCUGGUCACGGACCUCUGCACCGGCGGAGAGCUGUUCGACAGGAUCUGCGAAAGAGGGAACUACUACGAAAGGGAUGCUGCGCACCUCGUCAAGACGAUCGUGGAAUCUGUCAAAUACCUGCACGAUCAAGGAGUCGUUCACAGAGACCUAAAGCCAGAGAACUUGCUCUUCAAGGACAAGAGCGAGGAUUCUGAACUUCUUAUUGCAGACUUUGGUCUGUCAAAGGUGGUCGACGACGACAAGAUGACUGUGCUGAGCACCACUUGCGGUACGCCAGGAUAUAUGGCACCAGAAAUCUUCAAGAAAAGUGGGCACAGCAAGCCGGUGGACUUGUGGGCGAUCGGUGUGAUCACAUACUUCUUGCUUUGUGGCUACACCCCCUUUGACCGAGACUCGACGAUGGAAGAGAUGCAAGCGAUCAUCAACGCCGACUACUCAUUCACACCCGUGAUGUAUUGGGAAGGUGUGUCAACCCAGGCAAAAGACUUUAUCAAGAAUCUCCUCGUGAUCGACCCGAAAGUGCGGAUGACCGCUUCGCAGGCGCUCUCACAUCCAUGGCUCGCGAUCCAGGCUGUCGAAGUCCAAGGCGCACAGAUGGAUCUGCUACCGGGUAUGAAAACGGCGUUCAAUGCGAAAAAGACGUUCAGGAAGGCCGUCAACGGGAUCAGGCUCAUCAACCGGCUCAAGACCGAGGCUUCUUCAGAGUGA